AGUUUACUUCCGCUAUCUGGCUCUUCCUGGUCUAGUUUUCGUUUGCGGCGUUUGGUUUCAGACAACCUUUUGUAUGUAACCUUUUGAAUAAUCUAUAAAUAUAUUUAACUAUGAUAUAACUCAGUGGUGUAAGCUAUGGCUUCAACGAUAAAACAAGUUCUGCAACACAGUCUGGAGGAUCUGUCUAAGGAUGAACUGAAGAAGUUUUGCGCCAGGCUGUUGGACCGUGAGCGGGAGGGAGAGCUUCGGGUCAGGCGCAGAGCACUGGAGGACAAGGAUGAGGUCGGUAUCGCUGAUGUUCUCGUCUCAACCUUCACUGACGCUAAAGCCGGGAGUGUAGUGGUGGAAACGCUACAGGCCAUCGAGUGUAACCACAUCGCAGCGCGACUUGAGGCCAAACUGGAGGAGUUGAAUCUGCCGGGCAGUCGACCUAGUGCCAAUAGUACAACCCCACCGUCAACAGCGAGACCUGUAGAGCACUUUGUGGACCAACACCGGAGUUCCCUGAUUCAGAGGAUCCGGAGGUUCCCACCUAUCAUCAAUAAACUGCUGGAGCUCGGUGUGCUGAGUCAGGAGGAGUAUGACGCCAUCAUGGCCAUACCCAACCCGCAUGAACAGGCCCGACACCUGUACAAUGGGGCCCUGACGUCCAGCGGAACCAGAGGAAAGGACAUCUUCCUCCGCAUGCUGGAGGAAAUAGAGCCUUUUCUUCUCCAGGACCUGAGGGGAUCUUGAGCCAUGGUGUGUUACAUAUAACGCCAAACAUAAGCGGCCUAGUGCUAAGGACAACAAUAAUGGAGGGUGCUAAUUGUUUUGGGUCUUUUAUUACUUAUUCUCAACCAAAUGUUUUGUUUAAUUUUGUUAUAAAUAAAUAAAUACUAUGCCUAUAAUGUU